UGCGCACGCGCUUGUUGUAACUUAUUUAUAAUUUAUUAAUUUAAUAAUAAGUUUAGUUAAAACAAUACAACUUAUAAAAAAAAAUAUAUAGAAGUGUCAUUUUAAUUCAUUAGUGAAAAGUAUUUAAAAACGUUUACAAAGUACUAGAACACCAUAAUUCGAAAGGAGAUAGGAUUUGAUAAUAAUAGGCGAAUAAACCGUAAAUGGGCUAGUGAAAUGUAAACAGCUUAGUGAGUUUAAACUAAAAAGCGAAUGGUUUUUGUGCAACGCAAGCGAAAUAAACUAAGAAUGUCAUCAACAUCAUCAUUCCAAGAAAUAGCUUUCAAGGCGGAAUUAGACCGGCAUGUCGAUCCGGAGUGUGAGCACCAGGCGCGCAUACUAUGUGGAGAGGAUCCCACUACGCGUGUUGCCGUUGUUGAAGAGCUAAGAAAUAUAAUAUACAAACGAGGCGAAUGCCAUCCACCGCGUAUGGACGACGCAUUUUUACUACGGUUCUUGCGUGCGCGCCACUUUAUCCUCGCGCGGGCACAUCGCUUGAUGGUGCGCUACUGUAAGUUCCGGGAACAAAAUCUACAUUUGUGGCGUGACGUGUACUGGUAUGGACUCACAAGACUUGGCAAUAUAUUUGAAGGCGUUUUAUUUGAUAGGCCUGAUGUUGGUAGACUUAUUAUAUGCAGAUUAGGAAAAUGGGAUCCAGAUAUUUUGCCCGUGGAAGACCUUAUACGGGGAUGUCUCCUCUUCUUAGAAGUUGGGAUCAUGCAGCCAAAGCUACAAGUGUUAGGAGGUACAGCCAUGAUCGACUGUGAUGGCAUCGGUAUGAAGCACGUACGACAAUUAACCCCUUCAAUCGCAACACAAGCUAUGAACGUUAUGGGAAUCACGUUUCCGAUCCAUCAGCGCGGUGUCCACGUAGUGAAUUGCUCACGAUUGUUCGAGAAACUCUUCAACGUUUUCAAGAGACUGGCGCCAUCGGAAGAUAUUUGGAAGAAAGUAUACUUUCAUGGCUAUGAUUAUGACACUUUGCAUAGAUACAUUGAUCCAGAAUGCCUUCCGAAACGAUACGGCGGUUGCCGUGAACCAGUUUCACUGAAAGAGUGGUUGACGAAAAUUAAAUAUUACAAAAACAAACAGUUCGAUGAAGACUUAAGGUCUUUAGGAUAUGCUAUCGAUGAAUGAAAAGACUGAUGACAUUGAAGUUAAUAUUGAAAUAGGAAAUAAAUAGUUUACCAACUUCAGGUGCCAAUCGGAAACGACCCAAGUCAUAUUAAAACGGCCCACACUAUAAAAAAGGUAUCUUUAUUCUUAGUUUAAAAUUAGUCGUUGCAAGAAAGUUUUAUAUUUUUGUAUAUCCUUGUUUUUUUGGAUUUAUAUUUAAGAAUAACUGCAAGUAUACAUCAUGUUAUGUGUAUAUUGAUGAACCGUUGUAAAUAUAUAAUGUAUAUAAUA